AUGAUUACGAAGAAAGCAAAACAAAACAGAGUCAAUAUCCACUUCCCAGUGGAUUUCAUGUCUUGCAGUAAGCUCGGGGCUAUACAGAUUGAGACUGUCCGGACAGGGAUCGAGGAGGGAUGGAUGGGUUUAGAUAUCGGACCAGAGACUUGCAGCAUAUUCCAGAGGAUAAUCAUGAGAGCCAAGACGAUUAUCUGGAACGGGCCUCCAGGAGCGUAUGAACUGGACAAUUUUAGGACUGGAACAGAGAGUGUAUUAUUUGACGUUGUUACAGCAACCUCUAGAGGAGCAACGUCUAUAGUACUGGGAGAUGAUACAGUGGCGUGUGCUACUCAAUGGCAUCAAACAGAUUUACUAAGUCAUGUCUCCACCGGAGGGGUGGCUGCUAAAGAUCUUCUGCAAGGAAAAGUUGUACCUGGAAUAGCAGCUCUUUCAAACAGUAACCAACAAGCUCUCCUCUGA